AUGGCUGUGAAAGAUGGCGUCUCAUACUAUCCGACAAACGACUUGAUCUCCAAGAAGCCGCGGAAACACUACCGCAUCCCUGUCCGAUCCCAACACUGGCAGCUACGAUCGCUCAUCAGCGCCGAGAAACAAAACUUUGUCUAUUUUCCCGGGGGCGCCGGCAGCAACCAUGUCCAGCGGCUCAACACGACGACCAAGGAGUGCGAGACGGUCAAGUUCCUGUCCUUUUCGCCACGAUGCCUAGUCGCUGAGAACGGCUGGGUGUGUUGCGGAGGAGAAACGGGCGAGUUUACGGCGAUCCAGAUGGACAGCGUUAGCGACGACGAUAACAAUCUCGAUCUGCGACUCAACUUGGAACCCGACGCCCGGUUACCCCUCGGCAUGGGGACAGACUCGGAAACCCCUCGACCGCCAGAUACCGUCUUUGGGAUCCUCAGCCAGGCGCGGCGGCUGAAUAUGAGCAGCAGGCUGGACAAGAGCGUCAUUGCCAAGAGCCAAAAGCUCGCGCGCGACCGCGUCAACUGCAUAACCAUGUGGUUCCCACCAGCGGCCGGCCCCAUGCAUCACGGAGCCUACACAGAAUCCGCCGCCGUCUUGGCAAACAACGACAAGACGGUCGUUCUGGUCGGCUUGCGCGACUUUGAUAACCAGGACAAGGUCGAGCCUCUGGAUAUAGUGACGUAUCCCGACUACGUCAAUCGAGCCAUCAUCUCGCCCGAUGGUCGCCUCCUGUGCGCAAUCCUUGACGACCCGUAUCUGUACAUCCACCAUCGCACCGAGGCACCAAUCGACGAGAGCGGCCCGUUCCGGAACGACGACAAGGUCGAGUACCGCUGGGAGUUGUGCGGCAAGAUUUUGCUCAAGAGCCAGCGUCGCGACGACAGCUCCGAUAGUAGGGGAAGUUUCGCGGCGUGUUUCUCCAACACGGGGGCAUAUCUGGCUGUCGGGACACAGUACGGCACCAUUUCGGUGUUUGACGUUGCGAGCCUGACCGAUCCGGAUGUUGCCGACCCGCUGCUAACGUCCUUUACCUCGUCACGGCCGAUGGCUGGGUCGGGUGCGGUCCGCGACAUGGCUUUUUGUCCUGGGCCGUACGACCUCCUGGCUUGGACCGAAGACCGUGGCCACGUUGGCAUCGCGGAUCUGAGGAGCGGGUUCGUGCAACGUCAAAUACUGGACAUUAGCACCACCGAAGAUUACGACCAAAUUCCUGUUCUUGAUCGUGCCACGAUUGACCCGCGGCUGCUCGAGGGCCGUGGUGAGCCGAAUGAUACUCUGUCGUCCAUCCUGCCAGAGGCCAGCGAAAGCAGGCGGCGGCGACUCGACGGUACAGGACGCCAGCAUCUAGCACUCACACCUGACGAGACGCGGGUGCUUGAAGCCCUGCAGGAGGACCGCCGUAGGAGAGAGCAGAGGGACCGGAUCACGGCGCGAAUGGCAGAGCAGACCUCUCAGCAGGGAUCACCGCAAUUCUUUCCAGGCAUGCCUCCCAUGGGUGGAAGAGGUGCCCGUAUUGACCCCGAAACAAUGGCGCGCCCACGACUGAAUGCGCAGCGAGAUAGUCAAGCACAGCGAGACUUUCAAGUGGCGCAGAGGGCACAAAGAACGGCGGCGCGCGUGGGCCUGGACCACGAGGCGGGCGAGCCCAGCAAUGACUCGAAUCAAAACGUGUCAAGGGCCAUUGGAGACCUCCUCGGCAACAUUCGAGAUUCGAGAGAGCGCGCGCAGGAACGUAUACGCACGGCUCAGCGUCUCAUUCUGCAGUCCAACUCGAGCCGGGACAGCAUGAUGGACUUGCAGUCCAGCUCUGAUCGAGACCUAGGCCUGGCGACUCCUCACCCACCGCGACGUUCGGCAAGCAUACGCCCGAGUGAAGCGUUGGCGACGACACAGCGUGGGUCAAGCGGUCUGCGCAGCCUGACACCGGCGGGGAGCGGCUGGGCAGACCUGGAAGCGCUAUACACCAUGUCGUUUGAGAGCAACAUCCAGGAUCUCCGGCAAGCCGUCCAGGACCGCAACAGAGAGAUCCUGCCGCUUCUCAAUAGCGUCAACAUGCGAGAGAUGGAGCGUGACCACGACAUCCUGCGGCAACUGGAGCGCAGCCAAUUUCUGCGCCGACGGGGCGAGCAGCGAAUGGCCGAGCAGCGCAUGGCUGAGCGCGGCGUCCACGAAGCACCCCCCGAGCCCGACAACACGGCCGGGAUCUCGUGGAGCGAGGAUGGCAGAGUCUUGUAA